CAAAAGUUGGCGAUGAACUCAGAGUAGGAGGGGGUGCCAUUCCUAGCCUCCUGGAGUCUGCAAAGAAAAGGGCCCACGUCAAUCAGGAGGCUUGCGCUAACUCCUGCGGGUGACUGCCACAUCCCCCAGUGUAGGAAAAUGCAUUCUUUUGUUGUUGGCGGAGACAGUCCCCUUCCGCAGCUCCCGGGCCAAGGCUAGCUAACGACCAGGAGAAAUAAGAGUGGAAAAUGCAAAACAACGAAAUUAUUAAGCCGGCCAAAUACUUCUCAGAGCUGGAGAAGAGCAUCUUGCUUGCUUUGGUAGAAAAGUACAAGUAUGUGUUGGAGUGUAAGAAAAGCGAUGCGCGAACUAUUGCCCUCAAGCAGCGCACCUGGCAGGCACUGGCCCACGAGUACAACUCUCAGCCCAGCGUGUCGCUGCGGGAUUUCAAACAGCUGAAGAAGUGCUGGGAGAACAUCAAGGCUCGGACCAAAAAAAUUAUGGCCCAUGAGAGAAGGGAGAAAGUGAAGCGCAGCGGGAGCCCACUGCUGAGUAACCACGUCCUGGGCAAGGAGAAGAUCGGCAACAUGCUGCCUGAGCAGCUGUACUUCCUGCAGAGCCCACCCGAGGAGGAGCCCGAAUACCACCCGGAUGCAGCUGCCCAAGAAUCCUUUGCUGUUUCCAAUAGAGAACUGUGCGACGAUGAGAAAGAGUUCGUCCAUUUCCCAGUAUGUGAGGGGACCUCACAACCCGAACCUUCAUGUUCAGCCGUCAGAAUAACAGCCAAUAAAAACUACAGGAGCAAACCCCCUCAGGAAGGUGCUUUAAAAAAGAUGCACGAGGAAGAGCACCAUCAGCAAAUGUCCAUCUUACAGCUGCAGCUGAUCCAAAUGAAUGAGGUGCACGUGGCCAAAAUCCAGCAGAUAGAGCGGGAGUGUGAGAUGGCCGAGGAAGAACACAGGAUCAAAAUGGAAGUCCUCAAUAAGAAGAAGAUGUACUGGGAAAGAAAACUACAAACUUUUACCAAGGAGUGGCCUGUUUCCUCAUUUAACCGGCCCUUCCCCAAUUCACCCUAAGACUUGGGGAUGGCGCCCUUACGUAGUGAAUCUGUGUUGGCAAGUUUGGGAUGUGACCUCUGCGGUCAGUAGCCGGUGACAGACCCACGGCUAGGUGAAUUAGAGUGGUAGCAGUCACUUAUUUAAGAGUACAUUCAGGUAAACAGCUGAACCCGUGUCCCCCUAACAUGGCCACGAAGCUGUUCCAGUCUCUGAAGACCACCACUACGUGCUAUCAUUCUGAAUGUAAUGUUCCUUAAUUAGAAUUCAUAGAAGAACCAUGUGUGAGUGUUGUGUUUUUUAUUUUAUUUUAUUUUAACAAAAUGCGAGUGUGAUGAUAAAGGAGUGUGGCUGGUGAUUUCUACUUUAUUUUUUGGUGUUUUUUUGUUUUUUGUUUUUUGUUUUUUUUUGGUUUUUCGAGACAGGGUUUCUCUGUGUAGUUUUGCGCCUUUCCUGGAAUUCACUUGGUAGUCCAGGCUGGCCUCGAACUCACAGAGAUCCGCCUGGCUCUGCCUCCCGAGUGCUGGGACUAAAGGCGUGCGCCACCACCGCCCGGCUUGUUUUUGUUUUUUUUUUUCAGCUGACAGUGGAGCUUUUGCACCCGGAUGUAAAGCCCUCCCACUGUAGCGGCUGCCCUGCGUGGCUGUGUCUCCAUCUUUUUGGUGUCAUGCUCUGAGUAUGGAUGGAUGUUUGGAAAGCCCAGCCUUUGGAAGGGUAUUUCCUAACAGGGCUCACAAACUGCCUUUCAAGGCUUUCCCCAAAGAGGCUUUCUAAGUAGUAUCUCCCACAAUGGUGGUUUUAGUAGAAGUAGGGAUAUAACAACUUUGAGGGUUUAAUGUUCAUUUAGGUUCCUACAUCCUGUUUUUGUUUUAUUAAAAAACGUCUUAAAAUGUUUUAGUUACACUGUGUAUGUUUUUGAAGGUGCUGCCCUCCCAGCCCAGAUCCCUCCCAACUUUUUACUACUGAGUGAAUGGUUGCCCUGACUUUAUUUAGUCUCUAGCCUCCUUAGGAAAGGCCUUGCUCUCGCUGUGCUCAUCAAGGUACUAGCCGAUGGUAAUGCUGUAUUGCUGGUGUUGCACCGCCAGUCAGGAUUAGGCUUUCUAAGGAUCUGUUACUAACAUAUGUGGAGCUAUGGAUGGAUAAAUGGGUGUUUUGAUUGAGCUCUGAGACUUCUGCUGUAGCCUAAUGUUGUUGUUUUUUUAAUGGUCUUUAGAUCAUUUAGAGUUGGGGGCAGUAGUAGCUGGAAGCGGCAGAGUGACAGUUAAGUGCCCAGGCAGAUGAGCAGUUUCUGAGAAUGAGGUUCUGUACGGGGCGGGGGAGGGGGGAAGUGGUCAGGGCUGGUGUGCUAAGUGUGGCUCUGCCUAAAGGUGCUGUGUGACUGGCUAACUCCUUAAAACCUUGACCUGGUGCUUCCCGUCCACAGAACGAGGGAGUUGAGCUAUAUAACGUUUGGAGCCUGUUUCAGCUCCUUGACCAUGGUGUGGCUUGUACCAGCCUCUGUGCAUACUGCUGAAGUCAUGGCAGCCGGGAGGGCAUGGGUCUACACAGGGUUGUCUCCAGUGUAGACCAAAGUGGCCAAGCUUUGGGAUUUGGGUCCUGGGGCCUGUAAGGUUUUGUAAGGUUCUCACAGGCUCACAGUUUGUGCACUGCAUAUAACGUAAGCAGGUAUCAAUUUUGUACAUUGAAUCUAUUUUAAAUAUUUUAGAGGAAUUAGUCCAUUAUUUUAGAUAUAUCCUGCAACGAGAGACUAGACGUAGGAUCCUUUCAUGAGGAUUUCUGUUCUUAGUUUUUAUUAAAUGGAUCCUUCAGAGAAUGAAGGGUUUUAAAGUUUCCAGUUCAGAUGGUAUGUGGAAGAUAAAAAUUGACUCCCUGUGCCCCCUUCAGGAUCAGGACAGGGAUGGAAAGGUCUAAACACAAAUGUAAGAUGAAGAGGGUUGCCUUUGCUUCACCUACUGAUCUAUCCAAACAUCUUAUUAAUAUGCACAUCCCAGAGAAAGGCGUGAGAUUCUUUCUGCUUUUCUUGCAAUCCCAGGUUUUGCCUGAUCUGAUAGUCUGUUCAACACACCUCAGAAUGACAGGACUUAAAGGGACCUUAGGAAGUUUUGCAUCUUUUGUAUACCGUGAUGUGCUGGUUAUGCUUUUCUAAGAAAUUAUGACUUAAACUCACAAACAGCAACAUAGAAUAACAAAAAAUUCCCCACACCGUAGUGCAUUUUAAUUGGACUAUAAAAGUACUGAACUAAUUCCUGACUGAACAAAUACAGGAUAAUUAAGCCAGAGCCGAAAACCGCUUGCUGUACCGCUAAUGGUAUUUAUGAGUUUACAACAGUGGUUUGCAAUAUUUGACUAUGUGUUAGAAAUAAUAUUUUAUAAAUAAUUAGUCCUGCUGGGUCUCACUUCCAGAGGGUUCUGAGUCAGUUGACUUGUGGUGGGGCCCGAUAUUCAGUAGUUUUUGAACCUUUGUAGGUGAUUAUGACUAAUUGAGAUUGAGAACCACUUUGUGCAGAGUUCAUGAGUGUGUUUCUGUUGGUUCUUAAGUCCACACAGCCAUGAAGAAGUAAGGAAUUGAUGUUCAGAGAAGAACCCAUCUGGUACGUGGCCUGUCGCUGGUAAAUAGCAAAGGAGACCUGCAGGCAGGGUCUCCUGGUUCUGGAACACACAGCCCCACCUGCUGCCUUUCCCCCUUUUUCUUGCGGCCAUAGCAAGAGUUUGUAUUAUGCUGAGACCUGGAUAAUGUUACAGAGUGCUUGCUGAAGCACCUUCAUUCAUGAACAAACACAGCACAUCCCCAUUCAUUUUACUUUCAAGCCUUUUAUUACCUGAGGUAGAAAUGCAAUAACCAUUUCUUGAAAGGAAUUGUGGGGUAGGUACAUAUUAAGAUACAUAAUUAAAAAUAUUAAGACAUGGUUCAACAUCAUAGACGUUACCCAGGACGGGGGAGGGUUUCUACACAGCAGACUGUGGAUUUAACACAUCAUCAAAUGCUUUUUUAGCUGAUAGAAAACUAAGAAAAACGAGGAAGGGAAUCAUAGAGGGGUGGUAUUUGAAUUGAGUCUUUAGAGCUGACAUUUUGGCAGGUGGGGAUUUGGAAAGCAGAGCACAUCGCUAGAUAACACGUAGAUGGGAGAGAGAAAAGUGAGGUAGAGGGGGAUUUUCAAAUUGGAUCAGAACUGUGCAGCAGGAGGAAAACCAGAAGAUGGAACUGAGAGGAGAGGAGGCUGGAGUUGGGGAUUACAAGUAGGAGGGUUUGGCUUUGGUUAGGUGAGGGGUCAGGACCAGGAGGAGGUGGUGAAGAGACCAGUGUGAAGGGUAGACUCAGACUUGGUGUUGGUUUUUGUUGGACAGGAGUGGAAGGUGUUCAGAGCUAGACUCGUGAGAGAAUAAUGCUGAUGACUGAACCGAAGGAAUGAUGCAGAUGCCCUCUAGGACACAUGACCUGUCCUGGAGGAGCCUAGGACAAACACUGGUGCUUGUUCUCGGGUCUUUGGCUGUCAUGUCUCUGCAGUGACUUUCUCCUCUUCACCUACCCUUGUUCCGUCCACCUGUUCGCUUGAACUAGCCCUCCUGGGGCCUUAGUCACGUGACCCAUUUGGCACUGACCCUGUCACCAACAUCCCCAUUGCCACCAGAGGCACACUGGAUAUCUCUUACAUUGGGCUGCUCUAAGAUGAGCAGAGGAGGGUUUUGUUGUUGUUUUGUGGUGGCCUCCAGUUUUUCUUUAGAUAGUUGGUACCCACCAAUUCGAGGUGGUUUUUGCUUGUUUGUUUGUUUUGUUUUAUGUCUCAUGUUGAGUAGAGAAGUCCUGGCUAAAAAAGGUUGGUGACCUCCAUGUCUGCAUAUCACAGCCCUUUAAAAAAAAAUCAAAAACGGGAUGCUACCCAGUGGGUGCACAGUUUAGGAAUGGUCCAAGGGUUUUGCUGGGAUAAUCUUUAAAUGCAUUUUCCUUUUGAUCCACUUCAGAGGAGACUAGGAGGCAGAGAUGGCCUGGUAGGAGAGUACAUUCGAGGUGUCAACAGUCUGCAGUGUCAGGUCAAUGACAUCAGCACUUGGUCUAGACCAGAGGAAAGGCAUGAUUGUGCCUCCUGGGAAUGUCGCAAGGACCUGGUAAUUAUAUUUGGCAAAGCUGUGAGGAGCAGCUCGCUCCGUAAUGCCAUUGCUAAGAAUGACCCUUUCAGAAGCCUUUCUGGAUGCCUGAGCUUUUUGGAUGGAGGGCGCUUCAUUUCUGCAGUGCCUUCCUUCCUGCUGGGCUGUUUCCCAGGUGGUCUUCCUGCUCCUCCCCAUCCUUGCUUCCUUAUCUGUAUUUUCUCCCGUCUCCCCUCCCCCCCAAGCCCCGUUUCUCCAGCCCCCUUCUGCCCUCACCACAGCUUCCACUCUCUCAUGCUGGAGGUGGAAAGGCUGAGGAUGCUGGUGCUGGAUAUGCUCAGAGGACGGCUCGUUCAGCACCCGAGGUAGCCUCAGUCCAUGCUUCCGUGACGUGCUUCCAUGAUGCAGUUGCUACCUUUGUGUUCGUGGGACUCCAAAGUCUUGGGAAAGGUGACCAGGAACCUGUGACAGCAACAGAUGCUUUCCCAAGUGUGCCAUAUAUUAUGCUCUUCAACACAGUUUACUAAUCUCUGCCUCAGUUUCUCCAUCUGUGAAAGUGAUGUAAUACUUAUCUACCUCCCUUGGAUGUUGUGAAGAUUAGUAUGUGUUGGUAAAGCACUUUUGAAAUAAAGACUGAUACCAAGCAUUUGA